AUGGGCAUCACGAGUGUUGUGGGCCCCGUCAGACAGACGGCCAAAGGACAUAAAUCUCCCUCCUUCUAUGAUAUGCCAAACGAACAGUUUUUGGCAUUUGCAUCCUUUACCACCACGGGUACCAAGAAGGCCCUCGCACUGUUAUGUCGCCACCUCUAUUGGCUCCUUGAACCUGA